AUGUGGAUCAACACGGUGAUAUUACUGUUGUUCAUCACACAGAUUUCCGAACAAGUACAAAGUGAAUGUCUAGGGGGAGUCUGGACUAUACAAGACACAGCUAUUGGCUCGUUUACUGUUUCAUGGAGAUAUAAUACGACAUUGAACAUUCUACAGUUUACAAUUCGAGGUCAAGUUAAUUCGAAUGUAAAUCUUACAUCUACUUAUAUUGCUUUGAGCUGGUCGGAGAUCAUAUCAACAAGGAAUGCAGAUGUAAUAUUGAUCUUUCCCGACAUGCAAAUCAUUCGAGAUGGAUAUUUUCGCGGACAGGCUGUACCAUUAAUUGAUCUUCAACAAGAUCUGUGUAUGAUUCAAACCAAUCUUAGCGACCAGAAUAUUGAUGUUAACUUCGAACGGUCCGUAUCAACAGGAGAUAUUGAUGACAUCAGUUUUACGUCAGAUAUAUAUCUUACGUUUUCAAUGGGUUCUUACAUAGUCAAUAAUGACACAAAUGAGUUCGAUCUAAGUUCUCACUUUUUCCAAAAGUCACACAAUGUUAGUAUUAAUCUGAUGAAUUGCAUAUCAAUUGGCUGUCUGACACUCAAUUGUUCUACAACAGCAUGCUCAUGUUUACAAGAUAUUUCAUCGAACAUUGGACAGUGCAUUUGUUUUCAACCAUCGUCACCGUCGUGUCGAUCGAGUUCAACAAAACAUUCUUCAACAAUGAUGGCUUCGUCAGUUUCCGCACUUAUUAACGGUUCAUGUGAAAAUCAAACGGACCCUUGUUCAUCGCAUGGCAUUUGCUUGCAAAUAUCGUCAACACAUUUUAUCUGUCAAUGUAAAGCUGGUUAUACAGGCGUUCUUUGUCAAACGUCAUUAUUUUCUCCCAACAUCAAUAUUUUCAACGUCUGUCAAUGUCUGAAUGGCGGCGUUUGUUCAUCUAAUGCGACCUGUUCAUGUCCGGAAAACUAUCGAGGAAAAUACUGUCAACUAACUAAUCCAUGUAACGGUUAUUGUCAAAAUAGUAACCGUUGUACAGUUGAUUGCACAGAUUCAUUAUGUGACACACCGAACUGUACAUGUAUAGACGGCUUUACUGGAGAUCGCUGCGAGACGAGCAACAUUGAUGCGUGUCAAUCAAAUCCUUGCGUCAAUGGACUUUGCAUACCGAUAGCAACGAAUGGUUUUCAAUGUCAAUGCAACAACAGUUAUAUUGGUUUACAGUGUGACAAACUCAAUACAUGUUUAUCCAAUCCCUGCAAUCAAGGAACAUGCGUACCGUCAUCCAACUGUACGGAACAAACUUGUUCUUACUCAUGUUCAUGUCUAAAUGGUACGACCGGCCUACAUUGUGAAACAAUCACAGAUCCAUGCUUAAGUAUACCUUGCCAGAACAAUGGUAGUUGUUCAGUAUUGUCGAAUGGUUACUUAUGUGAAUGUGAACCACCGUAUAAUGGUACAAAUUGUGAGAUAAUACCUGAUGUAUGCAUACAGAAUCCAUGUUUGAAUAAUGGAACAUGUAUUCGAAAUUUAACCGUUGGCAAGGAAACAUAUCGAUGUGAUUGUGUUAAAGGUUAUGUCGGAGAACAUUGUGAAUCUCGAGAUACGUCUUGUAAAAUGAUAUCUUGUGAGAAUGGUGGUACCUGUUUGAUAAACAACGAAACAAACAUUUCCUAUUGUCAAUGUCCAUCGAAUACAGCGGGUGACCGAUGUGAAACAAAACGGACGUUAUGUACAAAUACAACUUGUUCUAACAAUGGUAUUUGUUUCAGUGAAGUUUUAUCCAAUAACAAUUCCAGACAUUGUAUAUGUUCUAAAGGCUUUACUGGUCAAUACUGCGAGAACUUCAUAUAUAUGAAGAAUUCUUGUUCACGAAAACCCUGUGGCUAUGAUGGUACAUGUAUUCAAACAUCGAAUUCUUCAUAUUAUUGUAUAUGUUCAAAUGGUUCAACUGGACAAUCGUGUGAAACAAAUACACUAACCUCAUGUUCGGGUUCACCCUGUCGGUAUUUAUCUACAUGUCAACCAAUAGAAGAUACAAAGCCUGUCAAUUAUCGAUGCGUUUGUCCGCCGUAUUUAACUGGUGACCGUUGUCAAUAUACGAACAAUUGUCAAAACCAACCUUGCGUAAACCAUGGGACAUGCAUCCCACUCGGCCCGCAGAACAAUUUUAUGUGUUUAUGUCCACCAGGGUUUGGACAUUAUGACUGUUCAAUACAUAUAGGUGUGUCGUGCAACACGCAUGUCUGCUUAAAUGGAGGUACAUGUGAUGAUGAUAACAGUACCAAUAUUCGUUGCAUAUGUCCAGCAGGAUUUGCUGGGCCACGUUGUGAAUGGACUUCGGUUUGCUCGACAAAUACCUGUCAAAACAAUGGUACAUGCCGGCAAAUUGCACCUACAAUGGCCGAAUGUCUAUGUCAAACGGGUUUUACUGGUCCAACCUGUGCUUUACGCGACUCUUGCACUAAAUUACCGUGUAAAAACGGUGGUGGCUGCACGACAUUAAUUGCUGAUACAGGAACCAAUUGGUCAGCAUAUCGAUGCAUAUGUCCUCCGGGAAUGUAUGGACAGAAUUGUGAUACAGGUGCGAUCAAAGCGAAAGAAACUACGGGAAAAAAGUAUCUUUCCCCCUUGUGUCGUUUAGGAAUCAGUUCUUGUUCAAAUAUGCUCUGUCCAAAAUAUCAAAUUUGCAGUGAACAACCAACAGGUCCUAUUUGUACUUGUCCCGAAAAUAAAGUGGGCACAUUUUGUCAAUACGAUAAUCCAUGUAAAACAUCAACAAUCGAUUGUCGAAAUAAUGGUGCAUGUGUGUAUUCAAAUACAGAUCCACCUGUUAGUUCCUGUCGUUGUAGAGAAGGAUUUACUGGAACAUAUUGCGAAACAAUCAUACAUAAUAAUCCAUGUUCAAGUAAUCCCUGUCAAACACGUGGUCAUUGUGCUCUGUCAACAACAAAUAAAACCUAUACAUGCAUCUGUCGAGAUCAUUUUAUUGGUGAAUUUUGCGAACGGAAUAAUCCGUGUUUAUCAUCACCGUGUUUGAAUCAAGCCAUGUGUCAACCUUAUUGGAAUCAAACAAAUACUUGGUUUAAUUGCCGCUGUGUAGGAACGUAUACUGGAAGUCGAUGUGAAACAUCUCUGUUAAAUCCAUGUGGAGGAUUAUGUAUGAAUGGAAGUCCAUGCAGUCAAGAAAUAUGUAUUUGUCCGGCACAGUAUACGGGAACAUUUUGUGAAUACGAUAAUCCAUGCUUCCAACCAAUUUGUCAAAAUGAUGGUAUUUGUUCCGUUGUUUCGAAUGCAACAAACAUCUCUUUCGCGUGUACUUGCCCGAGUUUAUAUACUGGUCAAUACUGCGAUAUUUCAUUGAAUAUAUCGGCAAGCACUGAUUGCGCGUUAAGUUGUAUGAAUAAUGGUACAUGUGGUAAUGGAGUGUGCUUAUGUACAUCGAAAUAUAUAGGGCCAGUAUGUCAAUAUGAGAAUCCAUGUGCAAACCGAAAUCUCUGUUUAAAUGGCGGCACAUGUUUUAGUCGGUACAAUCUAAAUGGAACAGUGACGACACAAUGUUUUUGUCCUCAAGGAUAUACAGGAAGUCAUUGUGAAGCUAUACUCUGUUCUCCAACAUCAUGUAACGGCGGCGUUUGUACAGCUACACAGAAUAAUAUCGUUUGUGCAUGUCCAAAAGGCAAAGUUGGCGAUCGCUGUCAAUAUGCGGAUGCUUGUGCAAGAAAUCCAUGUUUACCGAACGAACGAUGUGAACAAAUCGGAAGUCAGUACCAAUGUAUAUCCUGUUACGACAAAAGUUCGUACUGUUCAAUCUAUCAACUACGUAGUGAAUAUUGUGAUAAUCGUUAUACAAUUCUUGUUGAUAACAACUUUCUGUCCGUUCCUCAAGCGUGUCAACGUUCAUGUGGUCAAUGCAUACCUAUUCAGCGCUUACAAGAUAUUUCAACAUUGUUCAAUCAAGCAGAACUGAGCGACGAGAUAAACAUAACAUCGAGCACAACUACUGCUAAGGAACAUCGCGAUCGAGAAAAAUGCGUCGAUCGACGAGAUGAUUGUUCCAUGCAAAAAGCUUACGGAUUCUGUCGAAUAUUCAACGAGAAAUAUCCUGAAGAUUGUGUGAAGACUUGCCAUCCCGAUUGUACAGAUACAUUUUGA